UCAAUGGUUUCUCACGCAGAACUCACCCGAAAACAUUGGGAAAUCUCACGUCUCACCAAUCGAUUACGAAACGACACACGAGCAGCAGCAGCCAGAGUCAAGACGGAAAAAAGUGUUCUUGGUUUUCAUUGUUGGAAAAAAUGUCGCUCGUAAAUCACGUCUUGCUGCGUGCAAUUUCCCAAUCGGCUGCCCGUAAUGCCGUGACCGGACCAUCCGCAGUUGCUGGACAUGGAGGUGGUGGCUACAAGACCUGGAAGAAACUUUCCUUCUUCGUUGCCUUGCCGGCCGUGGGUUUGUGCAUGUUGAAUGCGUACCUGAAGCACCAGGAACACCACGGACAUCCCCGCCCGGAGUUCAUUCCGUACGAGCAUAUGCGUAUCCGCAACAAGCGUUUCCCAUGGGGAGAGGGCCAGCGCAGUCUGUUUCAUAACCCCCAUGUUAACCCACUGCCGUCCGGAUAUGAGGAUUAGGAAUUCAAUUGUGGAACAUUAGUCCCGGUGGUAUAGAUGAUUGAAGUUUUGGUCGUCUAACAAUAAAGCAAGUUUGAAAUCGUA